AUGGGUGUCACCGUACUCAUCGUAACGAGUGCCGUCGUGGUCCUCGUGUUAAUAUUGUUUCGACCCAAGUACGACCCAUCUAUUGCCCUUCACGAAGCUGGCGUAGCUGCAUGGACCGAAUUCCAGCGUACCAAACGUGAUGAGCAUCUGCAAACCGCCAACGAAAUGCAUCGUCGUGCUCUGGCCAUUCGUAAAGUUGGCCACCCCCUACGCUGGCAAUCACUCGCCCAUUUGUCACUUGUCGUUGCAGCCAUGGCUGCUAGCUCUGUAGAGGGCCUAAAUGAAGCCAUACGCUACAGCCAGGAAGCCCUCAACCUUAUACCUCCCAAUAACUCGGAAAUAGCUGUCGUACAUAACGGCCUGGGGUCCAUCUACCUGUCCCUCUUCAAGCAAAGUGGCGAUGCUACCAGUAUCGAAGAGUGUGUGCGAAGUUAUCGCGCAGCCCUCGAUCUUCGUCCAGCCAAAGAUCCUGAUCGCUUAGGAUCACUCAUCAAUCUAAGCCUUGCCUACAUUCAGCAAGGCCAGCUUGAUGGCCUGACAAAUGCCGUUUCCCACUUGCAAGAAUCCAUUACCCUUUGCCCCCCUGGCGAUCCUUAUCGCUAUGCCUGCUGCAGUAUGCUGGCUACCUCUUUCAGCACUCGCUUUGCACAAUCCGGCAACGUCGAAGACCUUCAAGAAACGGUUAAUGCAUACCGCCAAGCAUUAGCGGUUGCAAGUGAUGAUCAGCAGCUCCCGUCGCAGAUCAACCUUGCGAACGCAAUUUGGAGGCUUUCCGAACAUGAACCAGGUCAUGUCAAGGAGUUGAAGGAGGCGCUAGCAUAUAUAUCUGAGGUUCUUAACUCCAACCUUGCUCAGACCCAUCCAUACUACAACCAAACCAUUGCCACUUUCUCAAAUCUCCUUUCAACCUUCUCCAAAGAAUGUGAUGAAGCAUCGGAGCUUGAGCUUGACAAAGCGAUCACUCUAGGUCGGCAUUUAGCCGAUGAAGAUCCGCAUGUCCUCAGCUGCAUCGCAGUUGCCAUAUGCUACCGCUGUGAACGCUUUGGGCGAACAACGAACGACUUGGAAGAGGCCAUAUCGUACUACGAGCAGGCUUUGGACCUGUGCUCGAGUGACGACCUUGAGCUUCACUUGAAGAUACUGAACAAUCUCGCCGCCAUUUACGCUACUCGUUACAACCAGCAGAUCCGCGAAGAAGAGAGUCUCCAAAAGAUGAUUGAAUGCUACCAAAAGUCGGUCGACCUCUGCCCCACGGACCAUAAAGAUCAAGCCAUCCUUUUAGAGCAUCUAUCCGAAGCGAAAACCGCCCUCCAAGCAGCCAUGGCAGGGAAUCAGUCAAAACGCCAACCGCUUCCCGUUCAGCGCGCAACUUUGUUGUAG